AUGAGUAAUACUGUUAGUGUAUUUCUUGGUUAUGGCAAUGGAAGCUUCAAAACAGAAAUGAUUAUUCCAGCUGGUACCACUCCAGUCUACAUCGUCGCCAAUGAUUUCAAUCAGGAUGGUAAUAUGGAUUUUGCUGUUGUCCACAAUACGAAUUCGAGUUUAGGAGUAUCACUCGGAUUGGGCAAUGGCUCUUUCUGUCCACAAAUAAAUUUUCCAAUUUGUAACAAUUCCUAUGGAAUCGCUGUUGGUGACUUCAAUAGUGACAAAGUGUUAGACAUUGCUGUCGCUAACAAUUAUUGGAUCAAUGUUGGCAUACUAUUAGGCGAUGGUAAUGGACUUUUUAGACCACAGACAACUAUUGGUACUGGCAUGUUUCCAACACUUUUAGGUGUUGGUGAUUUCAAUUAUGAUAAUAACUUGGAUUUUGCUGUCGCUAAUUGGGCCAAUAACAGUGUAGGUGUCCAUCUUGGAUGUGCGGAUGGUAGUUUUCGACUAGGAAGAACGUUUCCAACAGGCACGAGUCCGUGGGGUCUUGCUAUCGGAGAUUUCAAUGGUGAUAAUAGCAUGGAUCUUGUUACUACCAACUGUGGAGACAAAACGAUGAGUAUACUACUUAACAAUGGUGAUGGAACCUUUAGACCACAAAUAAAUUAUAGGAUUGGUGAUUGUUCGUAUGAAGUAGCUGUUGGUGAUUUGAAUGGCGACACCUAUAUCGAUAUUAUAAUUAUCGGCACUUAUUCUACCUAUAUGAGUGUAUUUCUUGGUUAUGGUAAUGGGACCUUUGCAUCAACAAACACUUUUAUCACUGAUGCAAAUCCUUUAGCGUUAACUGUGCAUGACUUCAAUGAAGAUGGCCGACUGGAUGUCGCUAUCUCUCAUUACGGUGGAACUGUCAAUAUAUUUCUAAACACUUGUUAA